ACAGUAACAGCUUCCUGUCUCGGAAACGCUGCGCGGCCGCUUACCGGAAAAUAGGGCAGCCCUGUUUGAUUCGUUUAUUCCUGGGGUUGUCAUAUCAUGGCUGAUAAUGUUGCAGACAGAAACCAGACUGAGAAACUCCUAAGAAGAGUACAAGAACUGGAGCAUGAGGUGCAAAGACUUAAAAAGGAACAGGCCAAAAAUAAGGAGGACUCAAACAUUAGAGAAAAUUCAGGUGCUGGAAAAACUAAGCGUGCAUUUGAUUUCAGUGCUCAUGGCCGAAGACAUGUAGCCCUAAGAAUAGCCUAUAUGGGCUGGGGAUACCAGGGCUUUGCUAGUCAGGAAAACACAAAUAAUACCAUUGAAGAGAAACUGUUUGAGGCUCUAACCAAGACUCGACUAGUAGAAAGCAGACAGACAUCCAACUAUCACCGAUGUGGGAGAACAGACAAAGGAGUUAGUGCCUUUGGACAGGUGAUUUCACUUGACCUUCGCUCUCAGUUUCCAAGGGGCAGGGAUUCUGAGGACUUUAAUGUAAAAGAGGAAGCUGCUGAAGAGAUACGUUAUACCCACAUUCUCAAUCGGGUGCUCCCUCCAGACAUCCGUAUAUUGGCCUGGGCCCCUGUAGAACCGAGCUUCAGUGCUAGGUUCAGCUGUCUUGAGCGGACUUACCGCUAUUUUUUCCCUCGUGCUGAUUUAGAUAUUGUAACCAUGGAUUAUGCAGCUCAGAAGUAUGUUGGUACCCAUGAUUUCAGGAACUUGUGUAAAAUGGAUGUAGCCAAUGGCGUAAUUAAUUUUCAAAGGACUAUUCUGUCUGCUCAAGUACAGCUAGUGGGCCAGAGCCCAGGUGAGGAGAGAUGGCAAGUACCUUUUCAGUUAUGUCAAUUUGAAGUGACUGGCCAGGCAUUCCUUUAUCAUCAAGUCCGAUGUAUGAUGGCUAUUCUCUUUCUGAUUGGCCAAGGAAUGGAGAAGCCAGAGAUUAUUGAUGAACUGCUGAAUAUAGAGAAAAAUCCUCAGAAGCCUCAGUAUAGUAUGGCUGUAGAAUUUCCUCUAGUCUUAUAUGACUGUAAGUUUGAAAAUGUCAAGUGGAUUUAUGACCAGGAGGCUCAGGAGUUCAAUAUUACCCAUCUACAACAACUAUGGGCUAAUCAUGCUGUCAAAACUCACAUGUUGUAUAGUAUGCUACAAGGACUGGACUCUGUUGCAAUACCAUGUGGAAGAGAACCAAAGAUGGAUGGAAUGACAGAAUGGAGAAAUGUUAAGCCCUCUGUCAUAAAGCAGACCAGUGCUUUUGUAGAAGGAGUGAAGAUGCGCACAUAUAAGCCCCUCAUGGACCGUCCUAAAUGCCAAGGAUUAGAAUCCCGGAUCCAGCAUUUUGUACGUAGGGGACGGAUUGAGCACCCACUUUUAUUCCAUGAGGAAGAAACAAAAGCCAAAAGGGACUGUAAUGACACACUAGAGGAAGAGAAUACUAAUUUGGAGACACCAACGAAGAGGAUCUGUGUGGACCCCGAAAGUAAAAGCAUCAUUUAACCACAGACAAUUUGCCAGGAUCUAGGAACCACCUAAUGGUAGGUGGACAGAAAAGGAAAACAAGAUUUACUUGCAAGUACUAGUAAUUCAGAUUAUCAGCUCUUAAAAAAAAACGCAAAGACUAAAGCCCUAUUAAGGAAGUUACUGCUUUAAUAAGAAAGUUCAAAUAUUCUCUUAUCCCUGUCCAAAAGGAUUAAGAGAUUAAAGAAGCAAAAAGCAGUUGUAAAUGGAGAUGUGUUUAUGUACACCUGGAAACCUGUGCCUUGUAUUCAAAUUCAUUAAAGCCUAAUCCUGCAAGUA